AUGGCACUUCUUCGAUGUCUCGUGGUGCUACGAGAUCGAUUGCCAUAUCCAGGACUUCGGAGCCGCAAUUCAUCAGAUCAAAUUAUUCUUUCAUCUAAGCCUAGGAAACUUUUGCCAGCUGUAAUCAAUUCUACAAAUGGGAAUCUGUCAGACAUCCACCCUAAAGAAAGAAGUCCCAUUCUCUUUUUAGGUGAUGUUGAAACAUAUUUCACUAAUCUAUGGCUGAUCCUGUUUCUCCCUGUGGUCGAGAUUCUUGUGUUUGUUCUGGGUCUUCCCUUAAAUGCUUUGGCGAUUUAUAUUUUUGUGACGAAGACGAAGCUUUGGAAGCCAGCUGCAGUGUAUAUGCUCAAUCUGGCUUUUGCAGAUCUGCUUAUGCUGAGCAUGCUGCCUUUUAAAAUCUCAUACUUCUUUAGUGGACACAACUGGGUCUUUGGGCCUACUAUGUGCCAAUUGGCCUCUUUUACUUUCACCUGCAACAUGUACUGCUCCAUUCUGCUGAUGACAGGGAUCAGCAUCGAUCGUUUCUUGGCUUUGGUUUGCCCCAUUAAGUCUCUGUCCUGGCGCACAGCAAGACGGGCCUCUGUGAUCUGUUUUGCCAUCUGGCUGCUCGCCAUAGUGGGGGCGAGCCCACUGCUGGUCUUUGAUCUCACCCUGUGGAUACCUCAGAUGAACAUUACCACUUGCUUCGAGGUGCAAAACGUAUCUAUUUUUGUGGAAUUCUUCAGCUAUUACUUUUUUACCUUAUCUACUUUCUUCUUUUUCAGCCCGUUACUAAUCUCUACCGCUUGUUAUAUAUGCAUUAUAAGGCGACUUUUUAUGUCCAGGUUUAUGGUGCAGCCAGGGAGGAAAAGACGUGCAAUCUUCUUGUCCAGCAUUGUCUUGUGCACCUUCUUUCUAUGUUUUGGUCCAGCCAAUAUCCUGCUAUUAAUGCAACUCUUUUUUCCGCCUGAAGAGCUUCAGAACAUCUUUUUUGCCCAUAUGGUCAGUCUUUCCCUGAGUGCCCUCAAUUGUUGCUUCGACCCCUUAAUCUACUACUAUGCCUCCUCAGAAUGCCAGAGGCAGAUAUGGGGUGUUUUGUGCCCUAGAAAGCUGCUUCUGGUUGGAAAAGUUAGUCAAACAAGCAGCAACAUAGUACCCUCUCCCAAAGGCUUAGACCCUUCAUUUCCCAUUUAGUGUUUUAUUGCUGUAUCUACAUAAUGCAUGGAUUGAUAAUAUCACAAGUGUGAAUCUAAAUGUUCAAUGUCCUAUGGGAGCUUUUUCCUAUGCACGGAGUUCUCAUGAUAAACAAUUGAGAAUCUCUUUGAGAGCCGCUUUGUGGCUGUGGUGGCUGGCCACAGGCUGCCAAAAAGUACCGGACGUCACAGAAAAAGCUGCUGCCGUCGCCAGCAUGUUCUUCGUACAUGUGCAUCCCAUUGGACUUGCAAGGCAAUGGGAUGCACAGGUGCAAAGAACAUGGCGGCAAUGAACACAGCAGGCGGGGCAAGCGAGCAGCGAAUGGGGGACUGGUUUGGGGGUGUGGCCAGCCAGCCAUCGCUACCGGUUCAGCAACCUUGGUCAAAUUUCCGUCAACAGUUAGCACGAACCGGUGCAAACCGGCUGAAUAUCACCUCAGGUCAUAAGUCAAGGACUACCUGUACUAUCUGUACUUAGUACCACAGGCUUUGGGAAUUCUAAGAAGUCAAAAACUAAUCUUAAUUCUCCAGCCUGAAAAUGUCCCUGCGAUUCAUGUAGGCAAAGAAGUCUUUUAAGUGAAAAAAGGAUGAGUGAUGCUUGGAAGACAGAGCUUAUCUACCCAAAAUUCCAUAGUGGUGGUGGAUUAAAGGAGGUAUUUCAGGACAUUGGUGAGUGGACAGACAUCAUGAGUGGACAGAUAUUGUGCUGAAAACUCAAGCUCUUCUAUCAGAAUAAUAUCACAACUACUUUCUUAGAUUAUAAAUCGGUGAAAGAGAACUCUGGUAUGAUAAUGGCUAGGUUUUGUAUUUCAAGAAACCUAUAAUUUAUUGGAAAGUUCCCUUGCUCUGAACAACAGCUUUUAUUCACAUUAAUCAGCUCACCAAUGCAAGGAUGUUUGUGUUAACAUUGUGCAUGUGAAUGUAAUGCACAAUAUCACUUUAAAUAUCUGAUUUAAGGUCUGCAUUUACAAAUGCUUCUGUGACAAUAAAUGUUAUAAUGUUGAAA